CCGCUCCACACCGCCCGCACCGAGCCCGCGCGCCAUGGAGCACUUCAUAGAGACCGUGCGCAAGUACCCGUGCCUGUGGAACACCACCGCCAUCGAGUACCGCGACCAGGAGCUCAAGGACGCCGCCUGGGCCGAGGUCAUGAAGGAGACGGACCUCUCGUCUGUGAAAGAAGUAAAACUGAAAUGGAAGAAACUACGCGACAGUUACCGCGACGCGCUCAAGAGACAGAGCGAGAUGCUGGCCAAGGAUCCCAGUAAUCCGACGAAGAAGAACUACCCCUGGAAGUAUAUGGGGCUGAUGCAGUUCCUGCAGCCGUACAUGAGCAACCGCAAGAAGCCCGUUGAGUCGUCGGGGUUCCAGGCGCCGCCCGCGCCCGACAACGGCCACGCGCAGAACGGCGUGGACGGGCACUCCAGCGACGAGUCGGAGUCCGAGGCGGAGUCCUCGCCCAAGAGGAAGAACUGCGAGCAGCUCACGGUCAUCGACCGGAAGCUCGACUACCUGUGCAAGGCGCAGAGCAAGCGACAGUUCACGGAGGCGCAGUACCAGGAGAGGAAGCGGGAGGCGCCGGCGGUGACCGUGGACCCGCUCGACAUCUUCUUCAACAGCAUGUGCCAGUCGACGAAGAGGUUUCCGUUCCCGACGCAGAUCAAGAUAAAGAAGACGCUGUUCAACGCGGUGAUAGAGGCGGAGGAGGCGCUGGUGGCGGAGCAGCAGAGCUACGCGAGCCUGUGGGCGCAGGGCGCGGGCAGCUCCUCCAGCAGCGAGGCCGGGGAGCCCGCCGACGACGACCGCCCCCGCCCGUCCUGAGCCCGCCGCCGCGCCGCCGCCCUCCACCCGUGGCUGCGCCAGCUGUACGCCACCUACGCGCACUACGCCGCCCUCGCGGCCGCCUCCCCCGCGCCGCACUGACCGACCACAAUUACACUGAUGCGCUCGCUACGUCUCUGUCCACUUGUGACGUGUACUGCUCUUGUAAACUUGCAUGUUUAAUAUACAUUAUUUAUAUUAUUAACCGGGUCUUAACACGAAUAAUUUUAUGGCAAAUAUAGGUAUUUACCUCUCUCAACGUUUCGACUAGGUUGCACUAGCCGCGGUCACGAGCUGACUGGAGUAACAGCGAUGUCAAUGUAGAUAGGUGACAGCAGUUUUUUCAUCUACAGUCACUAGAUUGUUCAACUUAUCGACUGUUGAUGCUACUGAUCU